AUGAUAAUGAUAAUUACCUGUUAUUACACAUAUAUAAAAAUUUACAUGAUAUAUUUUAGAUACAAAUAUAUUUCAUAAUAUAUUCAGGUGGAUUAUAAGAUUGAACAGGAAAAGAACCAAGUGACUCCUGGCAUGAAACACACUUUAUCUGUUAGUAUAUAAAAAUAUUUUCUCAGGCAAGAAAUAUCUCGUCUCCGAAGUACGUCAUAGAUAGAAAGCUAUGAGACAGCAUCACCGUAUGACACUACAGUACAUCAACCUCGUGAUCAAUAUAUCUUCUUUAAAAACUGUGUUGAGCGUGCUACUCCGAGACGGCUGACCCUGGCACUGUGUUGUGUGUUUAUGUACUACGAGAGCCACGAAACAUGUCACCUCCACGUGCCAACAGAACUGAUAAAAUAGUUUACCGAUAUCGCACUCGAACUUGUACCCAGCGUAGCACACCACAAACUGAUAACAGUUUCGUAGCGGCUGCUGGAAGUGUGUGGUCAGAUUAUGUAGAUAAUCCCAGGAGUUGUGUCAACAGUGACAGUGGACAAGAGGUGUGUCGGGCCUUCCUCCGGGUAUAAGAGUGACCUUUGGCCAGGGCAGCUAUGAAUGAUAAGCAGCCCCUGACCUCGGAGGUCCAGGGGGACCCCCACCACCGACUGGGCAGUCGGGAACGCUCUCUCUUUCUCCCGCUCUUGUCAGUCUUCCUGUGUGUCCUUGUGUUGACUCAGGCCGCGUCCUUUUUCUUUUUGUUCGGUCGUCUGGAAGCGGUGCGAGGGAAGCUGGAGGCGGUGAAGGUAGAGGGAGUGAGGCGGGAGUCCUUCAUCAGCCGCGAGGUGGAGCUCCUGAAAAGCCGUGUGCAGAUGUUGGUGGAGGACCACCCAUUUACUCAUGACAGCACCAUCCAGCGCCAUCACUUACUCCACGCCCCGCCUCACCCACCGCCUCACCCACCGCCUCCGGUACUCCGCGGACCCUCGCCCCCAUCAGAACCCCCAAAAGUCCUGAAAAGUCAUCCACGGGACAGUAACACCCGGGUUAAGAGGCGGGCAUCAGAUCCGUCCUAUGGUAUAAACGGGGCGAUUGGCGAGGCCGGCAACGAGGACGAAGAACUCAGUGUCCAGCUGCAGGGAGAGCGCAGUGACAACGAGGGUGAGAUAGUCAAGUCGUGGUUGGAUCUCACAUCCUACGCCAGAAUACCGGUGAGUACAUUUUUCAUAUUUCCCUUUGUUUAUUCCGAUGUCUUCUGA